AUGUGGCACCUACCACCGCACAAGUCCGCACAUGACUCCAUCUCCUCCUCUCUCGCCGCAUCCUCAUCCGCUGUCGCACCGGCGGCGCUGAGCGAGGAUGUAGCAAGACUUCUAGCGUGGGGGCGACGCGCGCUGCAGGCGCAGCGACAGCAGCGACGUGCCUCAAGAACUAGCCUUGCUCGCGCUGAUCAAUCCUCGAUGUCACCGAGGCCGCCGCCUCUGUCGUUCUCUGCCGCACCAGUAUCCACUCCCGUGGCUCCAGGAACCGAUGAGCGUUCGUGGUGGCUGCCUGCACAAGGUCUGAAGGCAUCGACAAGCACCUCCGAAUUCUCGCGCACGACUGUGGAUGCGCCGUAUACCGUCGAACAAGCACGGAAGCGCCUCGCCCAGCUCGAGGAGCUGGAGGCGGCAAACACGCGUGUGUUCGAGAGCCGAUGGGCGCUGCUAAGUCUCGGCCGCGAGCGGCUGCUACGACUGCAUCGUAAGCAGCGUGAGGGUGAGGCCCCAUCCCCGCGUACUCGUCACCUUCAGCGGCUUACCGUCACCCUGCAGGCCAUCGUGGAAGGGGAAGCGUCGCUGAUGGAGACUUUGCGCGACAUGUUGCGGGGUCUGGGAGAGUUGUACCAGCGACAUCAGCAGCACCGCGGCCAAACUGAAGAGGAUGCGGACCACUUAGCGUCAGCGCGGGAGCAAAAGACGGCCCUGCUGGAGUCUGUCCACGGGGGUGCUUCCUGCGACUCGGACGAGGAUGCAGCGGCGAAGGAAAGCGCGUCCGAUUCGUUGCGAAGUCUUGCAGAUGCUGUGGUGCGGCGCACCCGCCUUCUGCUAAACUCGCACUGUGAGUCGCAGAGAGUCCGCGAAGAGCAGCGCAGGGCCGCGAUAGCGCGGCUACAGCGGCGCGCCGAAAGUGAACGGGCGCUUCAGCAUCAGCUCGAAAGGCUGAAGGCGGCCGUGGCGGAGGCGACGGAGGAAGAAGCCCAGGAACAUCGCCGGCUGGCGAAGUUGCGGGCGCAGUGCGCAGCGGCUGAGCGCGCCGCUGCGUUACAGAAUGCGUCCGCGCUGCGAGAGCAAGCCACAAAGGAGGCACUGCAGCGCCUUGAGCAACUGCAUCAGCACGCCACUUUCCAGGACGCCAUCGCGCGUCAGGAGCUGGCCGCCAGCGAAGCCCGCUGUCACCAGGCGAAGGCAGCCUACGACAUGGCCAUCAGUGAUCACCAUGCUGCUGAAGAAGCGCUCGCAGCGGCGCAAGAGGCAUACCGCAACUCGAAGCGAAGACGUGAGGACGCAGAGGGUGAUCUUGAGCGGGUGCGGCAAGCCUUGAAGUCGGUAUCCGACAGGUGCGAUGAGGUGCACGCUGCGCGUGCACAGGCGGCUGCCGACUGUGCGGCCGUGGACGAAGCUCUCUAUCGGAAGCGGCGCGCGCGCGACGGUUGGCUGUCCGGAGAAAAAGGUUAUGACAACAGCGGGAUGGCCGCGGCCCUCUGGCUCGGUGGGUCAAGUGCCGCAAACGGUGCAGCGGAACGCUACGCAGUGCUUCAGCGAGAACUGCCGCGGCUGGAGCGGCACUGGCAGCGCAGUGUGGAGGAGGUGGUCGCUCUGGAGCGGACCAAGGCCGAGCUGCGCGACACGCUGGAGCAGGAGCGGAGCGCGCUCAGUCUGCUUCACCGACAGAAGACGGCCCUUGAGGCGCACCUGGCGUCCCUCGAGAGUGGCGUCGACGACGCACUCGGCGUUGUGGCGCGACAAAAGGCGGACAGGAAAAGGUCUGUGGCGCGGUGA